CCUCGGCCACGGCGCCGAUCAGAAUCACCAAGACGAUAUGCGCCUGGCGUUAUUGCAACUGAAAGAUUGCAUAUGUCAAGACGAUUAGAUUUCGGAUGAGACUUGCAGCUUCCAACGCCUAAAACAACACCUCGUUAUAAGAUAAACGCCCUACAAGGCUUGCUAGCCCCCCGAAGGGGCCCCUGAUGGCCCAAAUGUUCAGGGCAUUUCGUGCCACAUCAAGCCUUUUCAGGCUGAACCGCCUGCCUUUAUCGGUUCACGCGCGAGUACGACGGGAUGGUGGCAAUGCAUUAGUUCAAGGGGUGCGCCUCAAGAAAGCGCCUAAGAGCAGGAGAUAUAUCCUCGGUUCAGCAAUAGGAAUACUUAUGAUGUAUAAUAUCUUCACCAAAGUAGCUUUUGCACCGCUCGAUAAACUGGCAGAUGAAUUCGAGAAGGAAGGGACCAUAUCGGACAGCGAAACGCCGGAAGAGCUGGAAGAUGCGCUUUUCAUACCAUUCCCAGGCACAAUCAAGCAAAUUCCUCAAAGCCCGUAUCGAGGCAGCGACCCGGAAUGGCAAGAGUAUAUAAAGUUCAGUAAAGAUCUUGAGCUUAUUAAGAAAGUUAGAAUUGAACUUGCUGAGAUCACUAGACGAUCGGUUGAAAACGCAAAAGGGGGCAAAGGUGCUCGAAUACUGAAACACUGGCUGGACGUCAUCUACCCUUCCGGCCCUCCACCAGCUUUCGUGCAUUCAGGCAUUGAAAUUACGGACGAUUUCGUUUCCUGGACCACCGUUCCCAUCGAUCAAGAAACUGUUUUGCGACUCCACCAAGCUUUAUUCCCUGUUGCUGUAGCAAAAGCUAGUUGGAAGUUUGUGCAAGUUCUCUUCAGCCAAGAUCCAGAAGAGAAAACACGCAGCAUAAUGCGUGCCCAUUAUAGGCUUCCUGAUCCUGCCGAGGUUAAGAAGACAUAUCCUGCUCUAGCCUCAAGCGACAAAAAGGUAACCGAAGAAAAGGUUCGACAAGCCAGAGUUACAGGCGGGGUCGGCGUUACGACACAGGCCGGCAAUUUUAACAAUUCCACGGCACAACAGACCCAGGAGUCAGCUAACAAGCAACCGGGCGACAUUGGCGAAAAGGCCCUACAAACCCAAUCGAAUGCCGCAUCAGCAGCUAAAAACGGGAACCAGAACGCCAGUGACCCACCAGAGCACAGGACAAUCAGAGAUAGUCAUAUGUAUAAGAUGAUGACCAAACGCUGUAGUCACGCCCUUUUUACUUUCAGAUUCACCAAUACCGCCAAUUGGAAGCAAGUGAAAGUUAUACCUAGGGGCAGCAUCGUAGUUACCGGGUGGGUAGAGAUAGAAACGCAACUUGACUUUGUUACUUUGGAAGUUAUUGGAGUAUGGGACCCCAAGACGAAGACAUAUGAUGCUAGGAACUGCCAGUUGGGAGUGCGUAGGACAAGAAGAAAGAAACAGAGUCCGCGACCUUUUUAAGAUAGGAUAGUCUUGGCAAAGAGGGAUGAAUAUGGAGGAGCGAGGGGUUCGAAUUUGCGAAUGGGAAGGCAUGGGAUGGGCAUUCGAGGCGUUCAGCGGCAUUUGCACGGCGCUUUGAUAAUGGGCGAUUGUUCAGGAGUCGGCAAUUAAUAUAUAUUGCCGGCGGGCUACCGAAGGGAGGGAGACCACUACUGAUGGGCGAUUACUCGACAAGGUAGACAAAUAGACCAUUGUAUUAUAAAAUAUCAUUAUAAAAAUAUGGAAGU